CUUUCUUUUACAUGCACCAAACAGAUUGAUGCAAAAUUUAUUUAUAUGAAAAUUUACAUACAAUACAUUUAUUGUAAAUUGUUUGUGUUUAAAAUAGCAGAUAUUCGUUUGAAAGUUUUGCAUAAAAAUUCAAUGAAUGUAAAAAAACAAAAAUAUUUAUCUUAAAAUAACAAUGAAUGCGUAUUGCUUAAAAUUCAAAUGAAGUCUACCAAAAAACAAAUCAAGCAAAUGUUACAUUCUUACAAUAACCGGUAUUAAAAAAAAUUAUUUAUUUCAAUUUUUAGCGCUGUAAAACGACAACGGAAUGGUACAUAAAAAUUAUUUUCUCAUUUUUGGCCUUUUUCAGAAUUCAAAGAGGUUUUAUUAAUACUCUAAAUAUCAAACAAAAUUACAAAUUUAUAAACUUAAUUGGCUUUUUUAAGAAUCGAUUGGUUUAAAACACAUGAGUGUUGAAAAAGGAACAAGACUUCGACUUUACGAUCUAAAUCUCUAUCAAUAUAAUAUGCAUAGUCCUUAUUGUGAGUUCUAAAGUAAAAACUAAUAUUUUUCUUUUUGAAAUAUUCUUUUCUUUGUAAGGUAUUUAGAUAUCUUAAUGUCUUAUCAUUGAGAAUUAUUGUUGACGAAAUUUCAUUCGUUGACUGUUGGAAGAUGGAUUCGGACAAGAAAGAGAAAAGUAAACUAAAACAACAAGAAUGCAAAAAAAGAAAGAAGGAUAAGGAUGAUUAUUUGCCUGAAGCAAAUGAAGCUAGACGCUGCGAAAUACCAAUAAAGAAAAUUAAAGUCACGGAAGAAAAACAAGCGGGCAGAGGCAAGGAAGGUGUCAAAAAAGGAGAAGAGAAAAAGAAAAUCAUUGAAAAGAAAAGAACUGAACCUAGCAUUGUUAUUUUGGAUUUGGACACAACAGGACUAAUUAAAGGCAACAAUAUACCGGACAUAACACAGAUUGCUGCAAGUAAAAUCGGUUCUCGGAAAACGUUUUACAGAUAUGUAAGCCCUGAGCAAAUAAUUUCAGAUGAUGCUAAAACGGUCUCUGGGAUAGAUUGGAGCAAUGGGAUUCUUACCUACCAAGGCAACCCCGUUGAUUUUGUCGGAAUAAAGACCGCGCUCAAUGACUUCCUUGACUGGUUGAAGAAAUUUGAUGAUGUCAUAAUAGUAGCUCAAUUUGGGUUCGGUUUUGAUUUUUUAGUGAUGGACAGGGCUUUGUGUUCCUGUGAUCUGAAAGAUAGAUUUAAAUCUAUAGGGGCGACAUUUUGCGAUUCGAUCAAUAUAAUAAAAGAUAAACAUCCUGGCCUUGGAUCGUAUGCACAGAAAUCUCUUGCAUGGCAUUUUUGUGGCGAGACAUACGACACCCACAAUGCUACAGAUGAUGUGGCGAUGCUUAAAAAAAUCCUGAAAAACGCAGGCAUUUCUACCAGCGACUUUAGAAGACAUUCUGUUGAUUACACAUCCAUACCAAACAAGUGUUGAAUAACGCGUAUCAAUAUACCCAUAUCAUUUAUUGUGUAUAGUUUUCUACAUAAAUGGGAUAAAUUUUUAUCACAGUUUAUCUGUACAUGUAGUUAAUUCGUAAUCCUUUUAUAGUUUUUGACGCGUUCAUUUGACGAUUUCUUUAAUCAGUUUUGUGUGUGGCAAGCAUUGCACUUGUGUAGAUGUAGAUCUUUUUUUGUUUUGUUCAUCAUGCACCACUCAUACGGUGUAAGAGAAUAAAUAUUCAAACAGGCAGAUUAAACAGCCAAGAGACGAAGGAAGUGGAGGGACAGAAACUGUAUAUUUCAAUGAUAAAUCUUGCAUUCAAACGCUUUCAUACAAUUCAUGCAAACAUUCGUUAUAAAGGGAACAAAAAUAGAUUAAAUGCAAUAUUUUUAGUUAACCAGUUUAUAUGUAUGUGUAUUGAUUUUUGAUUUGCGAAUAAACAUACGCAUGUACUGUGUA